AUGGAGCGUAAGAAAACAGCAGGACGUCGAAAAAUUCCAUUGGUGAAGAUAAAAAAUGAUGCUAAUCGAUAUUCUACAUUCUCUAAACGAUGUUCUGGCUUAUACAAAAAAGCUAGCGAACUCGUUAGAGAAAAUGAUGUCGAUCUUGGUAUCGUUCUAACUUCACCAACUGAUAAAACAUAUGCUUUCGUCCAUCCAACUUCUAAUGCGGUCAUUGAUCGUUUUAUGAACUUGAAAACAGAUUUUGAUGAUCAAAUUAUUGCUGAAAAUUCACGUAAUAAAGUGAAUCAACUCAACGAUAGGCUAAAUGAACUUGAUGAAAGAGAAGAAAUUGCAAAAGAGAAACUUCUUGCUUUAAAUGAAAUGAAUAAGACUAGAGAAAAAAAUCGUUGGGAGUCCAUCGAUCAGUUAAAUGCAAAUGAGAUAAUAAAGUUUCAAACUUGGUUAGAUGUCGGAGAAUUUAUGUUGAAGCAUCAAUUACCUGAAGCUUCGUCGUCCUCGCAGUCUCCACCAGAAGAUGCAAAUAUCUAG